GCUUAUACAAAUUUAGAUGAUGAAGAUUUUAUACCAAUUGAAGACAAUAAUAUAGCUAAAAAUUUAUCUUCUAUACCAUCAAAUUCAUCAUUUGAAAAUUAUUCUCAUGCAAGUUUUAGUCAACAUGCAUAA